AGUGCGAUUUUUGUGUAAUGUGUAUGCUGCGUCGAAUAGAUUGGGCAAUCUUUCCGGCGUUUUUAUCUCAAUUAUCACCUUAACUUAAUUGAAGCAGACGUGUGAAAAUGUCUUCAUAAUCGCGUAGUGUUGCGAAGGGCAGAAGAUUUUUUUUUUAUCUUUUUGCUGCAGUACGAACAGUGUGUGGGUGGGUGUCGUGCGCGCGAUCGGCUGGAAGUUGUGUAAUCUCGCCACUUAAUUUCCAGUGAUUGUUCCAAUUCUGGUUCGAGAAUGAAUCUAUAAGUUCUUGGUUCACGUUGCAUGCAGUUUAGUGAAGAUUGCAUUUAAGGUUGGUGGCAAAAUGGCACUGGCCAAAUCGUGGAAUUUCGUGUUCGUGCUCGUGUGGCUUUCGCUGAUUCUGGGAGCCGGCAUUCAUCUGUUUUCCAAAGGCUUUCUGUUGACCCGGAUAGCACAGACUGACGUCAACACCUGCAUCCCAUACGAUGAUUACCAGUGUGGCAAUGAUAAAGAGCCCAUCGGCGCCUGCAAUAGUUCCGAGAAGGUGGCAUCGAUUCUGCGGGACGUCAACCAGUCGGCCAACAUUUGUUUGCCAAAAAAGAGCAAAGUUAUCCUGCUGGUGAUCGAUGCCCUUCGGUACGACUUUGGGACGUUCGAACCCAGCUUAAAACAUCCACUUCCCUACCAGAAUAAACUGCCAAUAUUGGCGGAACUGAUGAACCGCUAUCCGGAUCAAACUCGCAAGUUGAAAUUCGUUGCCGAUCCACCGACCACGACGCUGCAACGGCUAAAGGGUAUGACCACCGGCAGCUUGCCAACGUUCAUCGACAUAGGUUCGAACUUUGCCUCGCCUGAAAUUAACGAAGACAACGUGGUGGAUCAGUGGGUCAGAAACAAUCUGACGGCGGUAAUGCUGGGCGAUAGUACCUGGACGGAACUGUUCCCGGGUAGGUUUAAGCGAAAGUACGACUAUCCGAGCUUCAACAUCCACGAUUUGGAUACCGUUGACACGGCGAUUAAGAAGUAUCUGCCGCGGGAAAUUGACAAAAAAGAUUGGGAUUUCAUUGUGGCACAUUUUUUGGGAGUUGAUCAUUGUGGACAUCGGUACGGGCCGCUGCACGAUGAAAUGCAGCGAAAGUUGAGCGAGAUGGAUGCAGUUAUACGGAAUGUGACGGAGCAGAUGGAUGAUGAAACGACGUUGUUGGUGAUUGGAGAUCAUGGAAUGACACAAACUGGCGACCACGGGGGAGAAUCGUCCGAUGAGGUGAACGCUUUGUUCUUCAUGUAUUCCAAGGGAGUUCCUUUGCUAACCGAGGAAUAUGACGAACAUAAAAAAGAGAUCCAGCAGAUUGAUUUGAUCCCACUGCUGUCGGUUUUGCUGGGUGUUCCCAUCCCGUACUCCAACCUGGGGCAAAUCAACUUUCAGUUACUUCCGGAUAAAAAAAUAGAUUCGUUCCUAAGGUACCAAGUAGCCCUGCUUCAUCUGUGGCAAAAUGCUCGACAGGUUCAGAGCUACUUCCAGCAGUACACGGAAUCACAUCGAGGAACAUUCACGGUAGAACAGUUGGAUGAUUUCGAGAACAAAUUCCUCAUUCUAACUCAACGGGUCAACACUGUCUACACGGAAGCAGCGUUUCAGAGUUUCUCCAAAGACCUUCGUCUCUACCUUAAGGAUAUUUUGGAAAGCUGUCGAGAAAUCUGGGUGAAAUUCGAUCCCCAGCUGAUCUCUCAUGGUCUUCUGGUUACAUUCCUCGCUUGUUUUGCUAUUUUUAUCCUGAUUACCAAUUCUACUGCCCAUCAGCUAGGACAGAUAUUCAAUGGGCAAGUUAUUUACUACAUCGUGGUCAUUUGCUUCAUGGCUGGAACAUCCGGAUUCUUCUUCCAUCGGGACUUUAAUCUAUCGUCGGCCGAACAUGGAGCUCUCUUCUUCGCCUCAAUUGCAUCCAUCGGAAUUCUGUUCUUCCUGGCCAUCCAAAACUGGACUAACAUCACCGAGAACAUCAGCCAGUACAAUCAUAAGAAAAACUUCGUCACCAGAAUCUCUUUCGCCUUUACGACCUGUGUGUUCUUCUCGAAUAGCUUCAUCAUCCAAGAGCAGAAAAUACUGUCCUACGUGCUGAUUGGAUUCUUUCUGCUUGCCGUUUACAACAUUCAAAAGAACAGCCAGUUCAAGGUGCUGCGCUUCCGUUGGCCAAAUUUGCGCAAAUCAACCUUCCUGAAGCUUCUAGCUCUGGCACUUUUCGGAAUCUCGUUGGUUCGUUUCUCCAGCAGCUACUUCCGCUGCCGGGAAGAGCAAGGAAACUGUACGGAUUACCUUGUAAAAGCUCCGACACCGGAUGCCCGACGGAAAUCGGGUCCCGAAUUUGAUCUAGUUCCCAUUGUGGCAUUGGUUUGUUAUAUCAUCAGUGCCCGAUUCUACCUCAGAGCCUGUGGGAACUUGACUGGAAAUUCCUUCAACAUUAUGUUUGCUCGAUACGGCCCACCUCUGGGGGUGGUUUGCGCAUGUGGCCACUUCACCCUAGCCAUCAACAAUACCAAAGGCGUUCCUCAGAUUCAUGUGGAUGCCUUCGCUUGGACAGUCUACCUGCUCUUACUGCUGCAGAUCAUCCUCUUCCUAAUUCGACCGCUCAUGAUCUUCGUUCUACCGAAAAAGAAGGAAAUGAUGAACAUUCUCUACGGAGACCAAUCUAACAUCGCCCCCGAAAUCUACCGACAGCUGCGGGACAGCUACAACUCCAAAUCCAAUGCACCAUCCGACGAGAUUCCCAUCGUUUGCGGUCUCGCCACCGUCUAUUCGUCCGUUUUUAUUUCCAUUGGAGUUUUCAUAGUCAUCCUACUCUCGCUCCUUCUCGGCUCCAACGGAACUGCUGGCCUCAUCUUGACCCUUGUCGUCACCAUCUGCUACGGCAUCAUCUCCUCCAUCUUACAAUAUGAAAACUCCAUCAACCUCCUAACGUGCCUCCAACCGACCUUCACCACCCUCCUGGCCUGGAUCAUUCUGAUGCAGUUUGGCUUCUACGCCACCUCCCAUCAACCGACCAUGUCGCAAAUCGAUUGGAGCGCUGCCUUCGUCGGUCGGACGUGGUACUUCGACCACAACAACAUCAUUUCCGCUGUUCUCGUUUUGCUGAACACCUUCUCGGUUACCUUCCUACUGUCCACACUGUUCCCGCUGAUCAUCUUUACGCCCUUCUGCGUGUACACCAUGUGGCCAGCUUUAGCACAAAAAAUCUACCAGAAGACCACGGGAGCAAAACGGACCGCCAAGAGUACUCGCAAAACGGAUGCCGGAAACGUCGAGUACCGGAGUGUCACGGUAAACAAACAGGACGCCGAUGGGGAGGAGGAUGGUGAGGGAGGUGGAAGCAGUGCCGCCACCAGGAAGGAGAUCGAUUUUGAUGUGACGAAAGGGGAAAUCAAUCUGUACGAGAACGAGAAGUUGUUUGUGGGCACCGCGUUCAAAACAGGCUGCCAGUUGCUGUUGAUUCAAGGAGUUAGGAUAUUCUGCGCCAUGUUCGCCUGUACUCUGCACUGCCGCCAUUUGAUGGUGUGGAAAAUCUUCGCCCCUCGCUUCAUCUACGAGGGCAUCAGCAGCUACAUCGCCUUCAUCGGACUGAAUCUGGGCUUCCUGCUGUUGCUACGGGUUCAUCGAGCUGUAAAUGCCCUCAUCAGUCAGAUCAAUAAGAAUCGGUAAGCUUCGGACAAAAUCUCGCAACAGCGACAGCGCGCCGUCAGCGACGAAUCUAGUAGGUAAGGUGACGACCAUGUUGAACCACAGCAGAAAAUGAACCAAAUCGAUGCCAUUCUAGUCGUGCGUUCAGCGGGCAGCAUUUUCAUUAAAAAAUAAAAAUUCGUUCUCAAAUUAUUUAGAAUUUCGUUUAAGUUAAGAGCGACCAUCAGUAAGCCGUAACGAAUAAGGACGCGCUUAUUAUGAUUGUUUCACUGUUAAAUGUUUGAAAGUAUUCACGACAAUUCAAUUCGAUACACCCCCCUAUGAUAUACGUUUGUAGGGUUGCACCCACCCCAAGUUGCGCAUAGGCAAUAAAUAUAGUAAGAUAUGUCGUUUGAGUUGAAUUUUAAGCUAA